AUGGACGUGGACGUGGACGUGGACGUCGUGGACGUGGACGUGGUCGUGGACGUGGACGUGGACGUGGUCGUGGACGUGGACGUGGACGUGGACGUGGACGUGGACGUGGAGGUGGUCGUGGAGGUGGACGUGGACGUGGACGUGGACGUGGACGUGGACGUCGUGGUCGUGGACAUGGACGUGGAUGUGGACGUGGACGUGGACGUGGUUGUGGACGUGGACGUCGUGGACGUGGACGUGGAUGUGGACGUGGACGUGGUCGUGGACGUGGACGUGAACGUGGACUUGGACGUGGACCUGGACGUGGACGUGGACGUGGACGUGGACGUGGUGGACGUGGACGUGGCCGUGGACGUGGACGUGGACGUGGACGUGGUGGACGUGGACGUGGCCGUGGACGUGGACGUGGACGUCGUGGACGUGGUGGUGGUGGACCUGGACGCGGCCGUGGUCGUGGACGUGGACGUGGACGUGGACGUGGUCGUGGUCGUGGACGUGGACGUGGACGUGAAGGUGGACGUGGACAUGGACGUGGACGUGGUCGUGGACGUGGAUGUGGACGUGGACAUGGUCGUGGUCGUGGACGUGGACGUGGACGUGGUCGUGGACGUGGAGGUGGUCGUGGACGUGGACGUGGACGUCGUGGUCGUGAACGUGGACGUGGACGUGGUCGUGAACGUGGUGGACGUGGACGUGGCCGUGGACGUGGACGUGGACGUGGACGUGGACGUGGUGGACGUGGACGUGGCCGUGGACGUGGACGUGGACGUCGUGGACGUGGUGAUGGUGGACGUGGACGUGGCCGUGGACGUGGACGUGGACUUGGACGUGGACCUGGAUGUGGACGUGGACGUGGUCGUGGACGUGGUGGACGUGGAAGUGGCCGUGGACGUGGACGUGGACGUGGACGUGGACGUGGUGGACGUGGACGUGGCCGUGGACGUGGACGUGGACGUAGACGUGGACGUGGUCGUGGACGUGGUCGUGGACGUGGACGUGGAGAUGGAGGUGGACGUGGUCGUGGACGUGGACGUGGUCGUGGACGUGGACGUGGACGUGGACGUGGACGUGGAGGUGGUCGUGGACGUGGACGUGGUCGUGGACGUGGAGGACUUGGACGUGGACGUGGUCGUCCACGUGGACGUCGACGUGGACGUGGACGUUCCGGCCUUCAGAAGUGGGUGA